AUGAAAAGUUCUUGUCUCCCCCUCUGCCUUUCCUUGGCUGUGUUUUCUCUCUUCUGGACACCUUCUGCUGGGCUGAAGACACUCAGUUUGGGAAGCUGUGUGAUCACCACAAACCUUGAAGAAAUGCAAAAUGAAUUUUCUCAGAUAAGGGAGAGAAUGCAAGCCAAGGAUGAAAUCAUGGACCUCAAAAUCUUGAAAACUGAGUUUUUCCAAGACACAAAGCCUGAAGAUCAGUGCUGCCUCCUUCGCCAUAUUCUGGAACUCUACCUGGACACAGUAUUCAAAAACUAUCCGACCCCUGACAAUGAUAUCCUCCGGAAGAUCAGCAGCCUUGCCAACUCUUUCCUUGCUAUCAAGAAGGACCUCUCACUCUGUCAUGACCACAUGACAUGCCCUUAUGGGGAGGAAGUACUGGAGAAAUUCAACCAGAUUCAGAGUCACUUCAAAGAGCUUGAACUUCAGAAAGCAGUGGUGAAAGCUGUGGGAGAGAUAGACAUUAUCCUGCAAUGGAUGGAGAAGGCGAGAUAG